ACAGAUAGCACAGUUCAGUCUGUUCGAUUAAUAUUCUAAAGCAAUUCGAUGCACAUCAACAAUCAGUUUUGUUUAUUUAGUAAUUGAUUCAGAGCGAAAACUACCUGCACGAGAGGACUAGAGAUUGAGUGAUGGCCAGCAUCACAUUCAAGGGCCGUCCCACUAUUGUACUGCGCACCUAUCAGGUGCUACGCAUUGGCAACAAUGUCCUUGACAGCGAGUUGGACUUUUGCCUAGACGAUAAGACUGUGGCCAAGCUGCACGCAACACUGACGCGAAGCGAGCGGGGCUUGUUCCUGGUCAACGAGAGUCGCAACGGAACUGUCAGUGUGAAUGGACAGCGUUUUAGCGGCCCCGUUUUGAUCACCUAUCGCGACGCAAUCAAUGGCAUUGUCAAGUUGAGCUUCGGACGCAGCGAGGCCUUCCUACGCGUUUCCGGCAGCCUUGGCGGCUAAGCUUGGGGGUCGACCCCAAGGCUUACUUUGGACGAACACUUGUAAUUUCAAUGUUCUUCAAGUUAAAAUUUAUGUUUUACUGUGUAUUAAAUGUAUGUUUCACGAAUUACAUGUACUCAUAUACUU